AUGUUGGAGUUGCUCCUUUCCUUGGAUCAUGAGACCUCCAAGCUCUUUGACUGGUUGGAACCUCGCGAGAUUCUUAAUUUGACUUGUGUCAACCAUGCUUUGCAUCAAGCUUGUGAACACUGGUGUCAAGCUAAGGGUGUCCCACGACAAGUGGCCAUGAAAGAGGCGGAAAUUGCAGGCAUUUGCGAUUGUUUGGUGGAAAUGGAGCAGGUUGCUCAUGACGACCUGGCCUCGCCCCUCUUUCAAUCCUACCAAGGAUUUCUCCACGCCCUUCUUCGAACGCCUCUUGAUGAUACUGUGAUAAAUCUAUUCUCCUGGAGUAUAAGAUACUGGAAAGCAUCACAGCCUCGACCUCCUGCUGUUUCACAACGUUUUGAUUUUGGAUACCCAGACACUGGUUAUUGGUGCGACACCUUUGGUUGCGGAGCACCAAACGAUUACUUUCGGUUGGUGGGAGAUGCUCCAAACGAAUAUUGGUCAUUAUGUUUGGCCGGAAGUGAUAUCCAGUACCUUAGCUGGAGGAGUGUUUCCAACGACGACAACCGCGUACUUGAUCCUGUCCCAAGCCCAGAUUCCCGCAAUGUGACUAGAAAGAAGGCAGCCUACAUCCAAUCAUCUAACGGGCCUACCGAGUGGGACAGGACAAAGCAGUAUUGGAGGGAUUGUGGAGCUCGAAUUCGUCCAUCUUCCACCAGAUGGCGACUUGAUAUGUAA